AUGACUCCCGAAACGAAACCCCUCCUGGGGGAUGAGUCCUCCAGCUCGUCAGCACACUUUACAUCCGCCCUCCCACUCACCACAGCCACCACCACAACCCGAGGCGGCGGCGGUGGCGGCGGACAUCAUCUCCCCCAAGCAAUAGCCCACCGCGGCUUCAGAGCCCAAUACCCCGAAAACACCCUCCUCGCCUUCCGCGCCGCGCUCGACGAAGCCGGGGCGCACGCACUCGAGACGGACCUGCACCUCUCGCGCGACGGCGUCGUCGUGCUCUCCCACGACGGGAACCUGAAGCGGUGUUUCGGGAUCGAGGACAAGAAGAUCAACGAGUGCGAUUGGAGUUAUCUCAAGACGCUCGAGACGGUUAGAGAGCCGAGGCAGAGGAUGCCGAGGCUGGAGGAUCUGCUGGGGUUGUUGGCGGAGGAAGGGAGGGAGGGGGUUUGGGUUUUGCUCGAUAUCAAGACCGACGAUCCCCCAGCAGAACUCCUCGGCCGCGUAGCCGACGUCCUGGCCUCCACGCCGGGUCCCGUGCCGUGGAACGAGAGGAUAGUAUUCGGAUGCUGGAACCAACCCUACAUCACCCACGUCCGCACAAUCUUACCCGCCUACCCAAUCUCCCUCAUCUCCUGGUCCCCGCUCUACGCCCGCAACUUCCUCACGCCGAAACAGCCGAACCUCUCCUUCAACAUGUUCCAAAAGUCCCUCGUCGGGCCCGUCGGCAAACUGUUCAUCAGAGACGUGAAGAAGAACCGUCGGCAGCUGUUCGUCUGGACGGUCAAUGACGAGGAGUGGAUGGAGUGGAGUAUCGGCGCCGGAGCGGACGGGGUGAUUACGGAUGAUCCAGAGUUGUUCCGGGAGGUUUGUAAGCGGUGGGAGGGGGAAGGGGAGGGGCAAUCUACGUCUACAUCCACGUCGACUUCGGUUCCAUCGGGAGAGCGAGAGGUAGACGCAGACGAAAAGGCGAGGGCGGCUAGGCGGACGGGCCGGGUGCGCGACGGGACGUGGAAGAGGACGGCGAGGUUGUACCUCGAGGUCGCGGGGAUACAGGUCCUCGUGGCGGUGUUCACGCCCAUUCUGAUGCUCGUUGCGCGGUUUGGGGUUGUGGGGCCCGGGCCCAAGGCCGCCAAGGCGUUGAAGCUGUGA